AUGCCUCACCCUCGUCAAGUUUUUAUUGCCGUUAUCGGUGCCGGUGGCGUAGGCAAAGCAUUCCUCUCCCAGCUUUCUGGGCUCAAGCAGCGCUUCUCCCAGUCGCCAGCCGCACCCUACUACAUCUCCUUGAUCUGGAUCAGCACCUCCAAAAAAGCCGUAUACCAUGCAGAUUACCGAUCGAUCUCCAGCUGGGAGACUGAACUGCAGAGCUCCAACACUCCUCCAUUGCCUCCUUCGGAACUCGCAGAAUACCUCGUCAAGGCGCCAGGCAAGGUGGUCUUGGUCGACAACACAAGCAACCAGGAGGUCGCAGACGCAUACCCCUCAUUCUUGAAAAAGGGCAUCAGCAUCGUCACACCCAACAAGAAGGCCUUCUCAGGCAGCUAUGACCUAUGGCAGCAAAUCUUCAAUGCUGCGGCCAAUGGAAAUGGCAUUGGCGGCUACGUCUACCACGAGUCAUCGGUGGGUGCUGGGCUGCCAGUCAUCUCGACGCUCAAAGAUUUGGUGGAGACUGGCGAUGAAGUCCAGAAGAUUGAGGGUGUCUUCAGUGGAACCAUGAGCUUCCUCUUCAACUCCUUCCAGCCCACAAACGGUGGCGGCGGCAAGUUCUCCGCAGAAGUCACAUCCGCAAAGGAAAAGGGAUACACGGAGCCAGACGCGCGCGACGAUCUCAACGGGCUCGACGUUGCGAGAAAACUCACGAUUCUCGCACGUCUUGCAGGCCUCAAGGUCGAAUCACCAACUUCAUUCCCUGUUCAGUCGCUCAUUCCCAAGGAACUCGAGUCGUGCAAAUCCGGCGACGAGUUCCUCCAACGACUCCCUGAAUUCGACGAUCAGAUGGAGCAGCUUAAGAAUGAGGCGGAGAGGGAAGGCAAGGUGAUCCGCUUCGUUGGCAGCGUAGAUGUGCCCAAGGGUGCGGUCAAGGUCGGCCUCGAGAAAUUCGACAAGAGCCAUCCCAUUGCAGCGCUCAAGGGCAGCGACAACAUUAUUGCUUUCUACACCAAGCGAUAUGGUGACAAUCCGCUUAUCAUCCAGGGUGCGGGCGCGGGAGGUGAUGUCACUGCUAUGGGUGUUACGGCUGAUCUGGUCAAGGUAUUGAGACUACUGAAUUAG